AUGGCUCAAAUCAUGACCUUUGCAAUUGAUGAGAUUAACAGAAGUGAAACUUUGCUUCCCAAUGUUUCUAUUGGCUACAAAAUCUUUGACACCUGUGGAUCAAGACUGUCAUCUAUGAGUGCAACUAUGGCAGUGAUGAACGGUCAGGAGUUUGCAGCAGGAGACAGAUGCAAUAGACAGUCUCAUAUACAUGCUAUCAUAGGAGAUACAGAGUCUUCCACUACAGUCAUUUUGUCCAGAACCACAGGACCUUUUAAAAUUCCAGUGAUAAGUCCCUUAGCCACAUGCGAAUGUCUUAGUAAUAGGAAUGAAUUCCCCUCUUUUUUUCGGACUAUUGCUAGCGAUUAUCACCAGAGCAGAGCACUUGCACGCUUAGUCAAACACUUUGGCUGGACUUGGGUUGGAGCUGUGAACAGUGACAAUGAUUAUGGAAACAAUGGAAUGGCAAAAUUUUUGCAGACAGCACAGGAGGAGGGGAUUUGUGUCGAUCUGCUGAAGUGCAAAGAAAAAGAAGGGUGCGAAAAAGAUGGAGAGAUCAGUAAUGAGACAGUGAUCACAACUUUCUUUCCAGAUUCAAAUAACUGCCAGCAGUGUCCAGGGGAAUACUGGUCUAAUACUGAGAACACUGAAUGUGUGUUAAAGGCUGUAGAGUUUCUGUCAUUCACAGAAGUUAUGGGUAUAGUGUUAGUCUUUUUCUCUCUGUUUGGAGUAGGAAUAACUGUACUGGUGGCCAUCCUGUUUUACAGUAAGAAGGACACUCCCAUAGUAAAAGCCAACAACUCAGAGCUGAGCUUCCUGUUGCUCUUCUCAUUGACUUUGUGUUUUCUCUGUUCACUUACUUUCAUUGGUCGCCCCACUGAGUGGUCCUGUAUGUUGCGUCACACAGUGUUUGGGAUCACUUUUGUCCUCUGUAUCUCCUGUGUUCUGGGGAAAACAAUAGUGGUGUUAAUGGCAUUCAAGGCCACACUUCCAGGAAGUAAUGUCAUGAAAUGGUUUGGGCCUGUACAACAGAGACUCAGUGUUUUUGCCUUUACACUUAUACAAGUUCUUAUCUGUGUGCUUUGGCUAACAAUAUCUCCUCCCUUCCCAUAUAAAAAUAUAAAAUAUUAUAAGGAGAAGAUCAUUCUUGAAUGCAGUCUGGGCUCUACUGUUGGUUUCUGGGCUGUGUUGGGUUAUAUUGGCCUACUGGCUCUCUUGUGUUUCAUUCUGGCUUUUCUGGCUCGGACGCUUCCUGAUAACUUCAAUGAAGCUAAAUUCAUCACAUUCAGUAUGCUCAUAUUCUGUGCUGUAUGGAUCACAUUUAUCCCAUCAUAUGUCAGCUCUCCUGGAAAAUUUACUGUAGCUGUGGAGAUAUUUGCCAUUUUAGCUUCAAGCUUUGGUUUACUAUUCUGCAUAUUUGCACCUAAAUGUUAUAUCAUUUUGUUUAGGCCUACACUAAAUACAAAGCGAAAUGUAAUGGCGAGAACAUAA